CGGCGAAGCCACCGCCUCCUUCCCCUCCCCCUUCCCCUGCCGGCUGGGCAGAGCCUGGGCAGCUGCCGCCGCCUCGGGGCCCGACCCCGAUCCUGCUGUGUCAACGCCAGCGGCCCGCCCGCAGCUCCAGCGCGCAGGCUCCGCUCGCCUCCAUCCCUCUCCCUGUGGAGACGCCGGCCCCCGCAAUCCCCUCCCCGCCUUCCUGCCCUGGCUGCGCAGCGCAGAGCCGGCAGCGGCAGCCGGAGCUGGGCCCCGUGCGGCAUGGGGCGCCCCGCGUAGCUGCUGCUCAGGGCUCGCCGCCCGCGGGACCAGGCUGCGGGAGAGGCGCUAGCAGGAGGAGGAUUUUCUUAAGUGGAGGACUUUGUGUGAAAUCCAAAGUUGCAGAACUGGCAAAUUUGUGUGGAAGAUGAAGUUUAUUCCUGCUUGAGAACUGUCAUCCUAAAUAGUAAAUGGUAAAAGAAUGUGGGAUAAUCCAAGUCUCCGAUGUCUCCUAGCAAUAGCUUUCUUACAUUUGCUGAGCUUAAUAUAUAGUCAGGAGACAGGUUUUCCAGAAGCACCAGAGAAUUUGAAAUGUAUCACACAUGACUUAAACAGAAUGAUCUGUUCCUGGGAUGCCACCUCCAGUGCAAACCUUGGACUGAUUUACAAGAUUUGUUAUACAAACAGUGAGCCCUUCUCUCCAGUGUGUAUUGAAACUGAGGGAAAAAGGGCAGAUAUUCCAGUCACAAUCGGCUCCACUAACAUACAGAUAACCACACUAAAUGCUUCUGGAACUCCUUUAGCUACUGAAACAUUUGUAUUGCCUGAGGAAAAUGUUUCACUUAUUCCACUCACCCCCCAAAUUCUUAAUCUGAGUGCUGACUUUUCAACUUACACGUUAUAUCUGAAGUGGAACGAUAGUGGCUCAGUCUUCCAAUAUGAAUUAGAUACCAGCUGGCAGAUUCAGAUUCUGCAUAAGGAAACAUUGGAGACAGUGGCACUAAUGAAUUAUGAUUCAAAAUUGACUGGCAAAGACUCUAUUCUUUCUUGGAAUUGGACAUCUGACAUACCUUUGGAGUGUACUUCAUACUAUGUGAAAAUUAGAUGUUAUAUUAAUGAGCCAUAUUUUACUGGUAGGAAGGAAUGGAGUGAAUGGAGCCCAAUUAGAACAGUUCCUGAAAAAGAUACUAAGCCCAGUAGCGCUAUGGUUUUUCCUCAAGACAAAGUGGUACUAGUGGGCUCAAAUGUGACAUUUUGUUGUUUAUACAACGAAGGGGAAAGUAUAAAAUUCAUGAACUAUGGAUCAAAAAGUUAUCCGCUCCUUCGCCUCAACAAGUGGAGCAGUGCAAUCAAAGUGCAGAAUGUCAGUGCUUCAAUUCCUAGUGGGACAAAUGUAUGGUGCUUGCUGGAGCCAGAUGGUCUGGAAGGAACAGUAUUAUUUGUAGGAUAUGCCCCCGAUACUCCACAAAACCUGACCUGUGAAACACGCACCUUUAUUACUAUAACAUGUAGCUGGAACCCAGGCAGAGCCACGGCACUGUACAGGCAACGGCAAACAAAAUAUAUUUUAUUUGAAAGAAUAUCUAAAGAAAAUGUUACAUGCAAAGUAGAUGAACUGAAACUGAAACAUUACUGUGACUUUCCAGUGCAUGCCAAUCAGAAAAUCUACAAUUUCACACUAGGAGCUUCCAAUCCUCUUGGUCAAGCAGAAUCAUCGCUCUUAAUUGAUGUAACUCAAAGAGUUCAUCUGAAAACUCCUGCUAAAUUCACUGUGAGCACUAAUAGUUCAACAAAUGCCCAUCUGUCUUGGUAUAUACCUGGCAACUUUAUUCAAAUCAGACUUUUGUGUCAAAUUGAAAUUAACAACAGUAAUUCAGAACAACAACUGCGGAAUGUCUCAAUGGCCGGUGCAGAAAACUCAAAUUACAGAGCUUGGGUGGACGCAUUACAUCCGUAUGCCACAUACACAUUCAGAGUACGCUGUUCAGCUUCUGAGCAUUUCUGGCAGUGGAGUGAAUGGAGUGAGGGAAAAAAGCUCACAACUUUGGAAGCCCCUCCUGCAAGAGGACCGGAUAUCUGGCGAGAGAGAAGUCCUGUCGGAGAAACUCUAACAGUCUUUUGGAAGCCAUUACUUCUUUCUGAAGCAAAUGGAAUAAUACUAUCCCAUGAAGUGUCAUGUUACUCGCGAGAGAUAAUGCUAAAGGCUCAUGAAGUCCCUGUACCCUUGAACAGCACUGAAAUAAAGCUUGGGGGAAAUGAUUGUUUAAUCAGUGUUGUAGCCAAAAAUCGUGCUGGCCCAUCUCCCCCUUCUAGGAUAACUAGUAUGGAUCUUCCAAGUGACAAUGUUAAAACAGAGCUGGCAAUUGCAACAGGAAAUGGAAUUUACAUUUCUUGGCCUUCUGACCCCAACGUGACCUGCGGCUACACAUUAAAAUGUUGUAUUUCAUCUGGAUCUGAACCCUGUAAUGUGGACUGGGAAAUGUUUCCUUCAAAUGCAACAGAUGCUGUGAUCAAAUCUGCUCUGUUUCAACCUGGUGUGAGAUACAAUUUUUCACUAUAUGGCUGCAAACACAGUGGAUAUCAGUUAUUACAGAAUAUAACGGGAUAUAUGAAAGAAUUGUCUCCAAAGGUAGCACCAAAUUUUACUGUAGAAGAAACCUCAUCAGAUUCAAUAUUAGUAAAAUGGGAAGACAUUCCUGUUGAAGACUGCCAGGGGUUUUUAAAGGGAUAUAUUCUUUACUUUGCAAAAGGGGAGAAUGGUUCUUCAAAGACUAGUUUUACGGACGAAGAAAACAAAACAGAAAAGAAUAUUACUGACCUAACGAAAAAGUCUUUGAGAAUACUUGAUCUUCAAGGCAAAACAAGUUACCGACUGGGCUUACGAGCCUAUACCAUUGGUGGAAUAGGCCCAUCGAAAGACCUGUAUGCGGUGACAAAGGAGAAUUCCGUGGGGUUGAUCAUUGCUAUUCUCAUCCCAGUAGCAGUAGCUGUUGUGCUUGGAUUGGUGACCAGCAUCCUUUGCUACCAAAAGAGGGAAUGGAUUAAAGAAACGUUCUACCCUGACAUUCCAAAUCCUGAGAACAGUAAGGCAUUGCAAUUUCAGAAGAAUAUAUGUGAGGGGAACACAGCUCUUAAAACCUUGGAAAUGAACCCUUGUACCCCGAAUUGUGUGGAAGUGGUGGAAACGCAAUCCACAGUCCUCAAGAUAGAAGACACAGAAAUUAUAUCCCCUGUAGCGGAUAGUAAGCUUCCUGAAGAUGGGUCUGACCCAGAAACAGGAAGCCACGUGGUGGUGUCAUACUGCCCACCAAUCAUUGAGGAGGAGAUCUCCAGUCCACCAAUAGAUGAACCUGUGGGAUCUUCUCAAGUCAUUUAUAUUGACAUUCAGUCAAUGUAUCAGCCUCAAGUUAAUCCAGAGGAAGAGCCAGAAAUUAACUUUGUCACUACAGCAGGCUAUAAGCCACAAAUGCAACUGCCAAUUAAUGCUAUGAAAAUGGAGAGUCACUCACCCACAGAAGAGGACUUAGAUAAAACUGCGGGCUACAGACCUCAAGCAAACACUAAUGUCUGGAAGUUAGACUCUCCAGACUCUCCUAUAUCAAUUCAAAGCAACAAUGAAAAUGGAUCUUUUGGAAGUCCGUGCUCCAUUAAUUCUCGACAGUUUUUGAUCCCCCCAAAGGAUUAUGAAGACUCUCCCACCCAUAAUAACACUGGGUGGUCCUUUACAAAUUUUUUUCAGAACAAACCAAAUGAUUAACAAUCAUGGUAAUCGUCAUUUCAUCUGAACCUGCCAUUCAAUAAGUUCUUGUUCCUAGUGUUGUCAUAUCAGCAUGGGUUAUCCUUGGAGACAGUUAGCAACAUUUUUUUUUUUGUGAGCUGAAUGUUACCACAUUUAAGUUAAAGUGUUAAUGUUCCAUUUUAAUACAGGCUAAAAACUCAGUUAUAGAAACUCAGUUAUUACACUAUGAAGAUAUAGGGGUUUUGAGGUUAGAUCUCCUCGUAAUCCUAGUCAAAGAACUCUGUCUGCUUUCAAGUUAUGUUUCAAGAUCAAUGUGAUCUCAUACAACUUGUUACUUUGAAAGGUGUUCUACUUCUGUUGUUAACUGGCUCUUAUAAUGAAUAUUCAGAAUAACUAAAUCCAAAUCAAUUUACAAACUGUCUAGAUGGGGUGAUGGCGGUAGGUAAACUUUCAGUCUAACAGUUGGAAAUUACAUGCUUAAAUUGGUAGUUAAUUAAAUCUGUUACCUAGACAUUACAAUUAGCACUUUAAUCUGUGCUUAGUUAAAGUCCCACGGGUAAAAAGAUCAUAAUCAUUUAACACUUUAAACAAUGGCUAUUCAUGUUUGUUGUUUGAUAACCAGAACUCUAGUUUCUGUACCUACUGUACAAUGUUUAUUCAAUAUCUGACUCAGGGGUACAAACUUGGAAAAUGAGUAUAACACUGAUUUAAACCUCAACAAGAACUGCAAAAUGUUUAAACUUCAGCAUUAAUUUUUUAAACCUUAAAACACUAUAUUUUUCUCUUUUGGUUAAGGAGGUAGUAUUUCCUAACACAUUGCACUAAUGUGUUUUGUAUUUUAUAGCUGCCGCUCCAGAUCUGCUACCUCAAAAGAGGCUAAGCAUCUUUUUUCUUCUAGAAACACUAGUUUAGACCAUUAUUAGUCUAGAACUAAAGUGCUGUGAGCAGGCCACCCGAGUGAUUAGUCUCAUUCUUCAACAGUUGUUGGUUGCAUUAACCUAUCAGUAGAGACUGCUCCAUAGAUUGCAUUUAGUAGCACUAGCUGUCCAGGCAGAUUUGCUCCACCAGUGAGAAAGGUUGGUCUUUAUCUGUAAUAAUUCCCAUCAGCCAGGAAGAUUCUCUGUGGCUAAAUUCCAGAAACAUUAUCUACCAAACAGAGCACUCUUUCCAAAUCCUAGGUGGAAACAUAAGGUGAGAUUUCUCUACAGGCAAGGGGGAUCCCAGGUAAGCUAAUGCCACUAAUGGUUUUUAAUAGCUACUCCCCAGCACUGGUCACCCAAUGUAAUGCUCUAAUGGCAAGAUUAGCAUUUGUGUGUGUUUUUAAAGAAAUGUUAAAAAUCAUCAUCUUUGAGUAUUUCUGCUUUCAUACCUGCGUCACAUUAACCUGCUAUAAACAGCUCUAAUUGUAACACUUCAAUGUAUAAACAUUAGAUUGUGACAGAUGCAUCACAAGAACCAAGCCAUUACUUCAUUGACUUUGUUUUUUAAAUGCUUUAUAACUUAAAUCUGUUUCUAAUUGUUAAAAAAAAAAAAAAAAAAAAAGAUGGAGGGUCAUGUGAUACAACAUUGAAGUAAAACAGUGUGCCCUUAAGCUCUUAGCUAAAUCCUUUUAAGGUCUUGAUUUCGAGCAUUAAUUUGUGGCUCCUCAAAUAAUUAAUUUGCAGAAAUAGCUUUCUAAACCGAGCACUGAGACAGCCAGUCCUGCUGAAUUUGGUAUUAGACCCACAUCUCUGAAAUAGUCGGAGCAGAUCAGGAAGACAGAUCUCCAAAACCAUACACAUCCAUUGCAUGUGGAACUGUGAUCUGGCCACCCAUCAGACAAAAAUUACCUUAAACCUGAUCACAGCAAUAAAUACUAAGAUUCUGUAUCUGCACCCACUUUUCUUUAUACUUCAAGAGGCAUAACUUACCAUGAUCUAUGUUUGGCUGAGUCUCUUGGAUAAAAAUGAAUGUCUUUCUCCAAGUGUUCCCUAUCCUCUCUUAAACCGAAAAACACUGUAUGGAUCAGGUAUUGAUUUUUAUGUGACAUAAGAGGAUACUGAUAAUCAGCUUGAUGAGGCUUGAAAGGCAGAAAACAAAAGAGGGUAUUAACCUCUUAAAAAUCUGAUUUAUGGUGAAGGCACAUUGCUCCAUCAGGAGAUCAGAGAACAUCCUGUCCUUGGGACCACUCUGCAAAUAUGGAGAAAAAAGCAAUUCCAUACCUUGGUCUAUUAUCAAAAUUCUCAUUGACUUCCCAGAUGUGUGCAGGAUACCAGGUUUUCUUUCAGGAUGUGAAGAAGGUAACUUCAACUGAUGGGCUCUCAAAGGACAGUAGAUCCUUGGAGAUUUUUAUUUAUCCCAAGUCAUAAUGCAAUUGACUUUUGAACUGCUCAGAAUUAAAUUUAAUCUUUCUUGGGAUUUCUAUACAUAACUACAAGUAACUCACUUCCUAGACAUGGUAGCUAAAUGAGAAACUCCACAAUUGGGAAUACAGAUACAAAUUGGAAGAAACUCUGGUGGUGGCCUUACUCAAUCUCUUCUUGCUACCGCACAAAUUUUGUUAAGAAAUGCAAGUACAUGCCCCAAGGUCUUCCAUCUCCUGAACUUCAUAUCUUAAAAGCCCUUUGCAAAUAGAGGUUUCAACAUUACAAGCAAGCGCCAUACUUUGCGCUGCACAGACUUUACUAUGUUCAUUAAACUUUGAACAAAAUCUGUACAUUGCAGAUUUAUAAUGCCGAUUAGUUUGAGUCCAUGGGAAAUGUAUAGUUUUAUUUGCUAUGAUAAAUAUUUGUGCAAAGACAAAUCUUAAGUUUUUAAUCUAUGCAGAGUACCAUUAUAGUACAUUUCUUGUAUUUCACUUACCUGAAUAUAGCAUUUGGUAAUCUCCAGUACUUAUAUAACUGUCCCUUUUUGUUUCUCUUAUACAAUUGGAAAAAAAUUAAUUAAUUGGAUUUGCCUGGAACAGAAGAUCAGUUAAGCCCAUGACAGAUGCAGUAUACUAUACCUGCUCUCAGGUUAUACUGUGUGUUUCACCAUUUAUUGACAGUAAAGGCAACAAUAUUUGAAAUAAUUUGAUUUCUGAGUGAUGAGGGAACACUUUAUUUUCUUAGCGUACAGGGCAUUCUGCAUUGUGACCUAAAUACUCAAGUAAAGUGCAGGUAUUUCUUCUUUCACCAGCUGUACUACUUUACUUUUUAAAAAUGUGAGUUAGUUACAUCCCUUGCACUGGCUUUCUGGGGCACUUUCUGAUUUUGGGGUUUAUGGCCAAGAACUCCUAUUCUCAAUGCAAGGGCUUGAAUACCCCUUCGCAUUAUGCCACUGUAAUGGGGAUGAGACUAGUAGGUGAGACAGACAGGUGUGUGUCUAUAUGCUGUAUGUGCAUAUAUCAUAUACAGUGUGUUAAAUUGUUACAAACCAGUUAGAAGCUGUCUUCAUAACAAUCUAGGCCUGGCUAGCAGUGCAGUUCAGUUAUGUGCUAGUUCACAGAUACAGUGGAGUACUUUGAAACCUACUUCAGAUGCCUGAUGUUAAAGUAAAGACUGUCAUUUUCAAUUAGCGCAAACACCAGAAUUUUCAGUAAAAUCUCCAGGAAGAGGCAUAACAAAUUAGUGAAGAUGUCAGCCAACCUUUGAGUCUGAAAGGAUAAAAUAGGAUUGAAUGACUAAUAUUGUUAAGUGAUUGAAUUUCUUUCCAAACCUGUGCAAAUGUAUACUAAUCACUGAAGCACCUUAAAGAAAAAAGUAGAGGCGUAACUAGUCUUCCAUACCAAGGUUACUCUCUAUGCAUGGUGCUGUUUAACUUCCAUAAACAUUAAUGGGAGUUGUAAGGAGAAAGCCACAGGUUUCAAAUGAAAUUAGGCUCCUUAAUUGAUGCCUUGUAGUUUCCCAAUGAAAUCCCUUUGUUGUUUUCCCCGUUUCUGAAAAAGCCUCUCAUAUAAUAGAAAAUUUUGCAACACCUUUUUCUUUUUUAUAUCUCAGCCUUUAGAUUUAUUAAAAACCUAUAGAUAUGUAUUUUAAAGUGGGGGAGUGAAGGAAUAAAUUUUACUUCCAAAAGAGAGUUGAAUUUAAUAAUAAGGGUUUCUGUCAAUGCACACUAUCACUCUGUUUUAGAUCACGGCUAGUUUUUCAGUUUUAACACUGUUCAGGCAUCUAAGAGAUGUUAAUGUGUGUUUUUUUUUUUUUUUUUUUUUAAAUGUCAGGCAGUUUAAUUCUGGAGCAAAUAAUUUAUGCUGCUGCUUUUUCAUUUUGAGCCAUGUGUGGUUUGUAGGAUUUUGUUUUGUGGAAAGGAUUUUUGUAUUCUCUCCAUUAUUGAGCAUCAGUAGCAUUUGAUUUAUUUUUGUGUACUCUCUAUUCUAUGUUCAUUAUUUGUGUUGUAUUGACUGAUACAUGGGGACUUGGAAUCCUAACUGAUACGACAUUUUAAUUAGGGUUGUAAAUUUGAAUAGCCUAUAUAUGAUAUACCUCACAAAGCUGGUUAAUAUACCAUCAAAUGUAGUAAGCUAACGUUACAGAUAGUGAAUUUUUUCCUCUGUCAUGUGUACUCUGCAUAUGCAGGCUUAGGACCUGAUCCUGCAAACACUCACUACCAUGUAGGCCUCACUAUGGUAACUAGUCCAUUGAAGUAAUGGGCCUCCAUACAGUAAUGAGCACCACACCUGAUAGAAACAGCUUGCAAUACUGUCGCUCAGAUUGAAGUCAAUUGGUAGAUUCAGCAUAUUACUUUCUUACAGUAUGUCUGCACUUCAAGCUAGCAGUGUAUUUCUCAGCAAAAUACUUUUGCUGGCUAGUGUCUCCUUGAGUUGAGAAUCUUACCUCCAGCGCAAAGUGUAGAUAUAUCCUUUGUUGUACGUGGUGGGAUGAGGGUGUUAGUUUCACAGGGAAAUAGAAGCCUGGGUUACUCUGAAGAGGGAAAUACAGGCCUUUGAACUAAGUUCACCUAAGCAAGGCAAGUUUGAGCCUUGUAGCCAUUUGAUGCAGGUUUAUAUAGUGUGGUCCCCUGAGGCGGUCCCUCUGACCCAAGUUCAGUUGAAUGUGAAAUUGCUCAGAGAGAGAGAGAAGUUUCAGAGUAACAGCCGUGUUAGUCUGUAUCCGCAAAAAGAAGAACAGGAGUACUUGUGGCACCUUAGAGACUAACAAAUUUAUUAGAGCAUAAGCUUUCGAGAGAGAGAGAGUAAUUGCAAAAUCAAAGGAAAUUGUAUACAUGGGAGGGGGCAAGAUACUCCAGAGAGAAAUGUAACAAGAUCACCAGUGCUAUAUUUUUAGUCAAUUUAAUUAUAUUGCUUUUUGUUAUUGUACAUAUUAAAUACACUACAGUAAUAGAUAUGACUGUCAUUCAAAAGCUAUAUUGGAAAUAUAAAGGAAAAACGUGGAUAUUGAUUAGACUGGAAGAAUCAAAUGGAUAGCUGUGUUGUGUUUUACUAUAAUAAAUAGCUAGUAUAUCCUAGCUUCUCGUGUAAAUAAAAUAGUAUUCUGAAUUCCAAAGUAGAGGAAUUUAAUGAGAACUUUAGUUCAGAUGUUUUUCUAUCAUUUCUAAUUUUUUAAAAAAGGUCCUAAGUUAUUUAUGCAAAUAUAUACUUGUACUUCUACUGUACUUCCAUAUUGUAUAAUAAAUCAUCCUGAAAUUCCCAGGACAUUUUAUCAGAGAGCCCCAUUCUGGCAUAUGAUGUUGUAUUAGAGGUGGAACAUUUUCUAAAAUGCUAGAAAGGGGAAUACUACCUGCACUUCCCACAACAUGGUUACAUUGUGGUUCAUGUUGUUGCAUGUAAAAUAUUGACUUGUGCAAUUAAUGUUUAAAUGGUUGCUGUCAGCAAUUGUUCAUUAGACUGUUGUAGUUUUUGUUUCUGUAACUCUCAGCUCUUUAGAGAGGAACAAGAACCCCAAAUCCAAACACAUUCAGACUUCGGAGUUUUUGAAAUCCAAACCCAGAUACAGCUCCAAACUUUGGUGUGUUUAAAGAUACAGUUCCACGUCCUGAAGCUUGGCCCAUCUGUUAUUUUUUAAAUGUCCUCAUAGCAGCUGGAAAAUAGUUCCUUUCAUUAUCAUUUUUUUCUUUUCCGUUUGUCUAACACUGGAUUUUCCCCAGUGUUUCUAACAUAGCCAAUGUCUGUGGUUCCUUUUUCAUGUUAGGCAAACAAGUAUCAAAUGAGGCUAGCAGGAGUGAUGUUUUGCAGCUUUAGAAAAUUGUCCCAGCAGAUGUAACAAUAGUUUUGCCCAUAAAAUGAUAGCUAAUUUCUCUGCAGAAGAGAGAGAUGAAUAUCCACAUGAGUUUCAAACCUUGGCAGACUAAAUUUUAAGCCUAAAUUAUUUCACAAGCUCCUUUUUAUUUUGUACCACUUAAGGUGAUACUGCUAGGUAAAAUUUGGCAGAGUUAGGGUCUGUGUAGUAAGAAAAAAAAUCAAAAGCUAACACCAACAGAAAUAUUUUCACAAUUUAAACAAUUCUAAUUGGAACAAUUUUUUUAAACAAACAUUUGCAACUUAUAUUGCAGCAUUUCACUAAGGCAUGAGAACUAAAGAGUGUAAUUGAUUAGAAAUUGACUAUAAAGAAAAGUUGCUAAUUUAUUUUCAUUGUUCAAGCUCAGAAAAUUUCAAAAAAGUAAUCAGUUUAACUAGUGAAAAGUCAAAUUGAAUUAGCAAAGGGCUUUCUUUUACUUUAGAUUAUUCAAGAGUUUGUAACAUAAGUAAGAAAAUGAAUUUUUAAGAAUACAUUUUUAAUCUGGCAGUGUCUCUUUAUAUAAUAGUAAAAAGUGAAUGAGGAUGUGCAGUACUACAUUUCAUAGAGCUCCUGGAAUGCUUGCAAAGUAGGUCGACUUUCACUUUUGACUAUUUCGAUUCAGAUCUUGCCUAAAAUCCCACCAGAAUGCAAUAUAAUUGCAAUUCUUAACUUUAUCCUAUUGUGGUGCACAGAUUAAAGGUUCUGGUAGAAUCCUCCAGGUGAUGAGAGAGAAAUUGUGUUGUACUAAAAUGCUGUUGUUUAAAAACACAUACUGUGAAUGGGUUUAACAGGUUUUUUAGGUGUCUUUUAUACCAUAUUUUUUUACAGCCUAUAUAUUUUGUUUAGAAAUGUUUUAUGUUUUUUACAUGUAUUUCAGUGGAAUCUGUUUAUAACAAAUGAAAGCAUUGUCCACUAAUUUCAAAUUGUAAAGUAUAAAGUUAGUUCUGAGAAUAAAUGAAGGUGAAAAAGAUGACAGAGAAAAAGAUAGUCAAUUUAACACUCUUCCCUUUACAUUAUUUCUAAUUUAGAAAUUUACCACAACAGUUUUUUGCUGAAAUUGGCAUACAUUUCCAAAUCUGCUAUGUAUUUAAAACAUUUUCUUCACAAUUAAAACAGAAUAAUCACAAGGCACUUUACUAAAUAAAGUUAAAACACACCAAGUAAACAAAAUGUUGAUUCAAGAAAAUGUAUUAGCAGACAGUUUUAUUGGAUGAGCAUCUAAACAAAUGCAUGUUUGGAAAGAGAAGUGUGACAUCAUGUUGGGAAACAUGAUGACAAUAUGGUAUGCUACAUUUAUAACUAACCUAGUACUAAGAUUCCAACUUUUUUGCAUACAUUUUAAGCUAGUUUGCUUGGCUGUGUAACUCUUGACAUAUUGCUUAUGUCUGUUUAAAAAUAUGCAUGUAUUUAACAGUUUUGCCAUAGUAUUGCCAUUGAAUUUAAUAAAUAUAUUUUCUUACUCUA